UGGUUGCCGUCCUUUCAAGUCUUUCGUUCUUUAAUAUUAUAUCUAUUUUUACAGUCCCUUGACCAAAAUAGAACACCCGAAGACUUAAGUUUAUUCCGAGUCCGUCAGAAACAGUUUCCAUUCAAUAUCCCGAGGAGUAAAUCAAAAUCAAGUGCGUCAGUGUUAACGAUUUAUUUUCAGAUAAGCAAUGAAGUUGCACAACUUUCGUCCUUCCAAGCAAGUUUUUUCUGCGUACUUCGUCUUUAGAACGAUACGAAGAGACCCCCAAAGACCCCCAUAGAAGAAAAUUUGUCUAUUUAGUACCCACUAUAGUUUGAAUUUAACCACAAAAUUAAAAAAAACACACUAGGUAAAUAUUUUUAACAAGGAAAGUAUGUCUACUUAUAAAUAGAGUUCAGUGUGACGCGAACCGUGCCGCUACAAAGUCUAUCCACUGACAAUUCUAAAAUGUCGUCGUCGGAGUACAAACCUCUGCAAAGGGCACUAGCCGACUCGAUCAUCCGCAAGGUCCCAAUCGACGAAAUCCGCAUCCUUCUAGCCUCAGGAGCCAAGGUGGACGAGCCGGUGAAUCGUGGUUUAAGACCUUUGCACUACGCAGUCUGGCAAGGGUACUUCGAGGCAGCCCGUUUGCUCAUCACACGAGGCGCCGACCUGAACGCCAUCGACAAGUGUGGCUACAGCCCUCUGCACCUCGCCGCAGAACAUGGAUAUCCAGAAAUCGCCCGUCUUCUACUCCAAUCCGGAGCCCAAGUCAACUACCGCCUCAACACCGGUGAAGAAUUCCCACGUCGUACCCUCUGCGACGAACCUCUGCGUCUCGCCAUCUUGAACAACCACAUGGACAUUGCGAGGAUGGUGCUGGAACAUGGUGCGGACCCCAACAAGCGGUACUUUUUCGGCACCGAGAUCAAUCUGACCACGGAUUUGAAAGUACUAGAACUGUUGCUGACGUUUGGUGGAAACCCGAACAGUAGGGAUAGAUCUGGGCUUACUCCUUUGAUGAAAGUGGUGCGACAGCCGUAUGGAAUGGAAGCUGCGUUGGUACUACUGAAGUAUGGGGCUGACGUUAACGCUAUGACUGACGAAAGGCACGACUACAGAAAUCCGUUACACUAUGCGGUACUAUCCGGGGAUUACGACGUCAUCAAUUUGCUGAUUAAGCAAGGAGCGAAGCUAAACUACGACAAGGAAGCGAAUUUGGGAAAACCUAGUCCUCUAGACUUGUCUAUUCUGAGAGGGGACCCAAAAAUCGUGGAACUGUUAAUCAGAGAAGGUGCGGAUGUCAACUGCAGCUCGCCUUUGAUUGGCUCCCCGUUACACGUGGCGUGUGCUGAUAGCAUCCCUCACAGACACGAAAUUCUUCAGAUGUUGCUGAAGGCUGGUGCAGACCCUAACCUCAAAGUCUACAACGAAGUCGGUGAACACUGUCUCCAACUAAGACCAGUUCUGGUGGAAUAUCUGGCCUGUAAUUCUAACCCGAGUCUCGGAAUUGUCAAUCUUCUCAUCAAAUAUGGGGCUAGAGUGAUAAUGAAGAUUCAAAUUUGUGACCCUGAUGGAAUGCUCAAUUGCUUGUAUAACGUGAUCCAUGGGGAAUGGGGGGAAGCUAUUUUUCGUCUGUUGUUACAAGCAUGUGAGGCCUUUGAUACCCUCAUGAUUCGAAAAAAUGGGGUUAUGAGGCCCAAGCAGAAAGAAGAGUUGUUGGAGUUGGCUAGUGGGCCGCUAAGUUUGAAGAAGCAGGUUAGGUUGUUUUUGAGACGGUCUUUGGGGGGGAAGGAGUUGGUUGAUUCUGUGCGGAGUUUUAGGUUGCCAAGGUGUCUAGAAAAGUAUCUACUUUUUGACUAUAGCUAAGUGAUUUUUUUGACAACUCAGGUGUGAAUUUGAAUAAAUGUGUACAUACUGUAUGGUUAAAAUUAAAUAAAGUGCAAAACGAA